AUGGCUAACGAUGAAUAUGAUUUUCUCUUCAAGGGUAAUGUUGCCACUUUCCCCGCGCAGUCGCCGCAAGUUUCAUUGGUGCUUAUUGGUGAUUCCGGUGUUGGCAAGUCCAACCUUCUGAGUCGAUUCACCCGCAACGAGUUCAACCUAGACUCCAAGUCUACCAUUGGUGUCGAGUUCGCAACCCGCUCAAUCCAGGUGGAUUCCAAGACAAUCAAGGCGCAGAUUUGGGAUACUGCCGGUCAGGAACGCUACCGUGCCAUUACAUCUGCCUAUUACCGUGGCGCCGUCGGUGCCCUUCUUGUGUACGAUAUCAGCAAACACCAGACCUACGACAAUGUCAACCGCUGGUUGAAGGAACUCCGUGACCACGCCGAUUCCAACAUCGUCAUCAUGCUCGUCGGGAACAAGAGUGAUUUGAGACACCUUCGCGCUGUGCCAACAGAUGAGGCUAAGCAAUUUGCGAGCGAGAACAACCUCUCUUUCAUCGAAACAUCUGCGCUCGACGCAAGCAAUGUUGAGCUUGCUUUCCAAAACAUCCUCACAGAAAUCUACCGCAUCGUCUCCAGCAAGGCUUUGGAUAAUGGUGACUCCGGACAAGCCCCCCUUAGCAGUGGCCGCACGAUUGAAGUCAGCAAGGCUCCGGAUACUGAGUCGAAGCAAGGCUGCUGUUAG